UCAUUUAAAUACACAAACUUUUCUUUCUCUUUCGAUGUUGAAUUUUUUCCUGGUCAACAUUCGGAUUCUUUAACAUCCAACUCAGCUCCAACGAUCUGAACCGGUUCUUCCUGAACAAGCAGACGUUGUGUCUUCUCUGGAUUGACCUUGGUACAUCACUUCUCAUGGCAGCAUUUCCUGAACUGCAUAAUGACUCACCUGUCUCUCCAGGACUCAACAAAGAACUCCAGGAAGCCUCCAACUGCUGUUAUUGCCCAGAGAAGUGGGUUGGGUACCGUUGCAACUGUUAUUUCAUUUCUACUGAAGAGAAAACUUGGAAUGAAAGUAGGAAGUUCUGUGUUUCUCGGAAUUCCAGUUUGCUUCAGCUUCAAAAUAAAGAUGAACUGGCAUGUACUUGAUUCUAGCCUCCUA